AUGGACUCGACACCAUCUCCAAUCACACCCGUCUACGACUUCAUACCUUUCCCAGAUGAUGGCUUUGUUCUGGAGCCUAGCAAAGGAAGCGACCCGAACCCGCAUUCUGCUCAAAACAAUGCUUCCCUGCCUCAGUCCGUGCUUAGCAGCAGCUAUAUCUUCGAGUAUCCUGGCACGAUCGAUUACUGGAAGCCGAGCCCCGCAGGCAAUGUGUACGGUGAUACUGCGUUGACUGGGAAUGCUACAGCCAUACUGGGAAACAAUUAUGGCGGUCUUCAUGUUCAGAACGCUACGUUCCUACUACAACCAAAACCUACCACGUGGUCCGACCGUCCACCUCGCAGAGUCGAGCGGCACAACACCCCAUACCCCAAUUACACCCUCGAAACUGUUACCUCGUUUGAGAAUGGACCGAAUCCAAGCAACCAAGGGUCGUCAUAUCGCACCGAGCUAUAUUGGCAAAGACAAGAGGACUUGGGCGCCGGCAUCUUCGGCGAAGUCCAUCGCGAAGAGUCGUGGAACGGUCUGACAUGCCAAAGUCGAGCUGUCAAAGUCCUUCGACUGCGUCAGCUACAGCGUCUGAAGGUCGAUUACAAGAAGGAGGUUGGCGCAUUAUUACAACUAUCGCAGCCCGUCUAUGUCCGUCAUUUCGUGGAACUUUACGCAUGGUACAUGGACACAAGCAACGUCUAUCUUGCCAUGGAAUAUAUAGCCUGGGGUGACCUUUCCAACUAUAUUGGACCAGGACUGGUCGAGAAGGAUGCAAAACAGAUUGCCUGCCAAGUGCUGGAGGGCAUCAAGAUCAUGCAUCGCUUGGAUAUCGUCCAUCGCGAUAUCAAACCUGCGAACAUCUUCGUCGUUCAGCGUUAUCCAACCUGGUGGGUCAAGAUCGGAGAUUUCAGUAUCUGCAAAAGUACAACGACGCAACACACCACGUUGCACACCAAUGUUGGAACCACUGGAUACCAGGCGCCAGAAAGUCUAGGCAGCAUUUUAUUGGGUCUAUGCGGCAGCUCGGCACCACAGACUCGAACCUAUCCCUCAUCUGCGCACUCUUACACCAUCUACCUGCAAAGAGACCAACCACGGAGCAGGCAAGCAGUCUCGUACAGCAGUGGACGCAAGAAAGUCUUGCUGCUCGUGUCGAGCAGACUGGCAUUUUCGGAUCAAAACCCGGACAAAGCCUAG